UCCUUAUCUUAAAAUAAAAAAGAAAAGGGUACAAAUUUUGUAUCCACCUUUGAGCCAAUAUUAAAGAAACAAAAUCAAAUUACAAAGUCACUUUUCCUCCUUAACAAAAUUGAAUUGAAGUAUAUUUUAUCCAAUAAUAAAACUUCAAAAAAACAUUCAUUGUUAAUGAAUGGUGUCUGGUUUAUCAAGUCUUUUACUCUAUACAUGUGAAAUAAACAUUUGUUUUCUUAUCUUAACCUAUUAUUUCUUCCCUCAAACAAACAGGGCCUUUGAACCAUAUUCCAUUAGCCCAAUUAAGCUAUUCUUGCAUCUCACCCCAAAUUUUCUGGGUUAUAGUCUAGAGAAAGAAAGAAGAGAGGGAAAGAGUUGCAGAAGAAAAAAAAUGACAAUUUUAAGUGGUUUAGGGGUAUUAUUAAGUGUAGUAUUUGGUUGUUUAUUAUUAGCAUUAGUUGGAGAGCUUUACUAUCUGCUAUGGUGGAAGAAACUUAAGAUAGUUAAAACACCAAAUAACAGAAUUCAAGAAGAUUACAGCCAUCAUGCAAAGGAAAUGUUUUAUUUAUUUUGUUGGGAUAAACCCACAACAAUUAUGAACAAUGCAAAUUCAAGCAACACAAAUGGGUCAAAUAACCCAGAUAGAAAUGAAGAUGACCCAGAUUUAGAAAUGGGUUUAGACGCAAGAAGGGAUCUUCUGUGGAAGGCCUUAGGAGAAGAAGGUGUGGAUGCAGAUAUGAUGAAAUUAGCAGGACACCCAAGAUUGUUGUUUACAAUCAAUGAAGAAACAAAGGAAGAUUUGGAAUCUGAGGAUGGAAAAACAAGGGUUGAUAAGAGAUCAAGAAGCAGGAGUCUUGGUGAUCUUAUUAUGGCACUUGAAACACAUACACCUUAUCUUAGUCCUCUUCCUUCACCUUCAAAUAAUAUUAAUUUGAAGGUUAUUUCUUCUGAUUUGGUAAGAAAUAAUAAUAAUAAUAAUAAUAAUAAUAAUAAUAAUAAUAAUAAUAAUAAUAAUAAUAAUAAUAACAAUUAUAAUUAUAAUAACCCUUUGUUUGAAUUAUCUGUUGAAGCUGAACUUAGUAGGUUGAGGUCUUCUCCUCCACCAAAGUUUAAGUUUUUAAGAGAUGCUGACGAGAAAUUGUAUAGGAGAUUGAUAGAAGAAGCUCAGAAAAGUGGGAUUUUUCAGGAAGUUAUUUUGGAGAACCCAGAAUAAAAAUUAAAAAAAAGGGUUUUUUUUUUAUGGAAAAUAACAUUGGAGGGAAGCAUGUGUGAUCAGAAUCCGCUUAAUCGACUGGACCGUCAUUCUUCUAUGUGUUGUCGAAAUCCUUACAUGGGUUGUGGUCAACCAACUUGAAUGUCAUUCUUCUCUAUGUGUCGGAAUCCUUAUAUGUGUUGUGCUCAACCAACUCGAUUGUCAUUUUUCUCUAUGUUGUCUGAGUUCUUACAUGUGUGUUGUGCUCAACCGACAAGAUUGUCAUUCUUCUGUAUGUUGCACAUUUUAAUAUGAUAAGGUUUUUAUCAAAUAACACGGGUAAUAUAGUCUAGGUAGAUCCCAAUCUAGAUUUCAUAAAAACGAAAAUGUUGAAAAAGGAAAAGGAAGGGAAAUUCAUUGCAAUUCAUAGAUACUUCCAUUGGCUUCUGCUUCCUCAUUUUCUGAUCAUUUCUCAUCAAGGUCAGUUCACAGCAAACAUCUCAGUUUGCAUUAAUUAGUUCUUGUUCAAAUGGUUAGAUAGUGUAAAAUUAAGCCUUUUUUUUCUUAAUUAUUUAUUUGUUAUUUUUAUUAUUAAUUUCUGUUUCUUAAUAUGAAGUAUAUAUAUAAAAUAUAGGAGUUUUGUAUGAUGAGUUGAUGACCUUCUACUACUAGUUAUCAAAUUUGGAAGAGUUUUCGGAUUUCUUGAAAUAGAAAUCAUCUGAUAUUACGCUUUCAGUGCUUUAUGCAAGAAAGCUAUUGAUUGCUGGGCACUCUGUUUUUUUGUGCAUUUUGAUGGCAAAAUUGAAUGUAUAAUUAUUUACAUGUAAUUCUGGCUACAGAAAUAUUCGCUAAUAACAUUUUUUACAUUGUAUUCAUUGUUUAAGCUUAUUAUAUAUAUAUAUUAUGGUUAAUAUAUAAAAAAAAUAUAGUUAAGUGGAAUCUUGUUUCAUUCGUCUAAUCACAUAAUUUCAUAAUAUUAAGUUUUUAUAAUUUUUAAAUGUGUAGGAGUAUAGCUUAAUAUAUAAAUGAUUAAAAUAAUACAUUAGAUUGCGUAAAAAGUCAAAUGUAGUCAAAUGUAGUCAUUAGAUUGCGCAUAAAAUCAAAUGUAGCAAGUAUAGUGAAUCGGGAUAAUUACAACUUUAUUGUGUACCCGUCUAUUCCACUUGUCAUUUCGUAUUAUAAUGUGAGAGUUUAAUGUGUACACGUCCAUUCUAAUCAUUUUAUCUAUGAAGUGAGAAUCAUUUUGAAUAACAAGGUGAGCGCUUUAUGUGUACUUGUUCGUUCUAUUCAUUUGACAUUAUUUCAAAUUACAAUGCAAAAUGCACUAAAAUAUAAAAAGUAAAUACUAUGCUUAUAAUUUAUAUAUACUCCUUUGAUAUUCCAAUUCUGCUUCACUUUCUCAUAAUUGUGAGUUCCUUUCAUCAAAUUUUUUUU